UAACAAAAAUGGGUUUUGUGAGUAAAGCUCUGAUCUUGAUCGCCAUUCUCACAUGUCUUACCUCUGUUGCUCAUGCAAUUAGGGGUCAAGCCACUUUCUACACUCCUGCCUACGUUCCAUCAUCAUGUUAUGGCUACAAUGACCACGGAAUCAUGAUUGUAGCGCUGAACGGUCGUUUGUUUGGUAACAAAGGUGCAUGUGGGAGGAGGUACCGUGUGCGCUGCACUGGAGGAACCAACGCUGGCGUUCCGCACCCUUGCACUGGAAAAUCUAUUGUCGUUACAGCUGUUGAUCUUUGUCCCGGAUGUGCAGACAACCAAAUUGAUCUUUCACAAGAAGCAUUUUCAAUGAUUGCUAAUCCUGAUGCAGGGAGGAUUAACAUCGAAUAUGAUCAGAUCUAAACUUACCAAAUGGGAAUAAAUAAUCUAUCUUUUAUGGGACUGUGUAUUGUAUGAAUAAGACUCAAGGACUUAGUAGCCUCAUGCCAAAUAUAUCAGUUUUUGGAAUAAAUUGUUGCUUCCAAUUUAUUUAGUAUGUAUUAUAUUGUGAUGAUUUGGAUAUUAAUGUAAACCUAUAAGUGUAAUAUUUCCUAUUUGAUAUCUUUGUCAUGUGGUUUGCUUU